AUGGCAUCUCUCGAUGUCGCCAUGUCCGGCACAGGCGAAUUCGAGUUACCACCGCGCAAGAAACCAAAGGUCUCGGAGUUGCCUCUGUCCUCGACACAACGCGCCUCAAUCGAUGGCAUGCUACACACGUUCAAGAAAAAGGGCGAGUUCGACGCGUUGCGCAAAAAAGCAUUUCAACAAUACAACGAGAGCGCUCAGCGCGGCAUGUUCGAGGCUUCACUACGCACGUUCACCACAAACGAGAUURAGCGCGAUUCCAUGAAAUACCUCAAGCCGGAUCGUCGCAUUGCCGCUGCCUUGCUAGAAGGCGCAGCCGCGCGGGCCGACGUGUAUGGAAAGACUGAAAAGGACAUCGAUGCCUACAUUGACCAGUACGUAUCGAGUGCCGAGCAAGCACUGCGUGACAUUCGAAGGAAGGAAAUAGGCGAUGAGGCUGCAGAAGAUGAGCUUAAGCGGGGCACGAGAAGCGAGGAGCAGUAUGCGAUCGAGGCUGAGCAACGCCGGCGAGAUCGUGCUCAGAAGCACAUCGAUGAUGAGAAGAAAAAGAAGCGACAAGAGGCUGCGGAACGGAAAAAGAAGGAGCUUGAUGGAUUACGGAAGAAGCAGGAGGCACUCCAAAAGGAGACGGAGCGCCUGCAGCGGGAGCAGAAACGGCGGGCAGAGCGAGAAGCGUGGAAGACAGCGGAGAAGGAGCGUGAACGCGAGCGGAUCCAGAAAUUCAAUGAGGACCGGGAGAAGCAAAAGAAAGAGCUCGAGGAACGGGAAAAAGCACUGCAGGAGGAGCGUGACAAACGAGCAAAGGAGAGGGCGGAGCGUGAGCAGAAGCGAUUAGAGCAGGAGGCUUUGGAUCUGCUGUUGCGAGAAGGCGAGGCCAUGGCAGAAAGAGCACGCCGUCCAGAGCUGGAGCGAAGUGAGAGCAUGGAGCCGCCGCCGCGAACAUCUCGACACCCGACAGGACCACGAGCCAGCCAGGGCAAAGACCAGAUGCGUGUCCAAGGACUGCUGCCAACUUCUUUGACACUGAAGAAGCCCGACCCUCUUGCUUCCGCGCCAACUGGCCCCGCCGCCGCCGACUCACGCCGCCGGCCGUCGCGCGCUAGGUCACCAUCGCCUGCUCGUUCUGCAUAUAGCAGCAGCAGGAGACUGGCGCGCUCACCUGAUGACCGCCGUGAUCCCCGAGACCGACGAGACCACCUUUACCGUGACAUCAGCACUGAGCGAGAAGCAUGGAAAUCUCGCCUGGGCGGUGGAGACCGCGAUAGGCCUCGAGAGCGGGAGAGGGAGAGGGAGAGAGGAGGCAGAGCGCGUUCUCGUGCCCGUAGCAGAGGCGAAGAAGGCGAAGUUGUCGAGCGUCCUCCCCGAGACGACAGCAGAGGCACCUAUCGCCCACCACGGCGUGACAGUCGUCCGCCUCGACGUGACGAUAGCAGGGCUCCUCGUCGCGAUAAAAGUCGUGCGCCUCGUCGUCGCGAUGAUAGCCGAAGUCCACCUCGCCGGAGCUAUCGCUCUCGCUCGCGCUCACCACCACGAAGAUUCAGAGAUCGUGAUCCGAGUCCUCCGCGGAGACGCGACAGAGACAGGGUGGGUCGCGAUCGAAGCCGGAGUCCACCCGGAAUUGACCGCUGGGUUCCUGGAGGUGCUACUACUGCGGCUCCUGCAGCCACCGCAUCUACGACGAGAAAGGACAGUGAAGCGGAUCGACCUCGUGAGCGCAGUCGUAGUCGUGAGCGGGAUAGAGAUCGGGACCGUGAUCGUGACCGUGACCGGGAUCGAACGAGGGAAAGAGAUCGGCCACGACGAUGGGAAGAAAGACCUAGAAUCGCUGACGCCGAUCGAUAUAUUCCUGGUCGCGGCGACACGACUGCAAGAAGGGAUCGCAGUCGAAGUCGGGAUCGUGAGCGAGAGAAGCCUAGAGAACGGAGUCGGGAAAAGGAGAGAGCCAAGGACAGAGAUUAG